AUGGUGGGCUCGGGCGCGGCAGGAGGGGGAGGCGGAGGGGAUCAUGCGCGGAGCAAAGAGGCCGCGGGGAUGAUGGCGCUGCACGAGGCGCUCCGCAACGUCUGCCUCAACUCGGACUGGACUUACUCCGUCUUCUGGACCAUCCGCCCUCGCCCGCGGUGCCGCGGCGGCAACGGGUGCAAGGUCGGCGACGACAACGGCAGCCUGAUGCUGAUGUGGGAGGACGGGUUCUGCCGGCCGCGGAUGGCGGAGUGCCUGGAGGAGAUGGAGGGCGAGGACCCGGUGCGCAAGGCCUUCAGCAAGAUGUCCAUCCAGCUCUACAACUACGGAGAAGGGCUGAUGGGAAAGGUGGCGUCUGAUAAGUGUCACAAAUGGGUCUUCAAGGAACCUUCUGAAUGCGAGCCCAACAUCGCCAACUACUGGCAGAGCUCUUUUGAUGCCCUUCCUACGGAAUGGACUGACCAGUUCGCCUCAGGCAUCCAGACCAUCGCCGUGAUUCAAGCCGGCCAUGGCCUGCUGCAGCUGGGCUCCUGCAAGAUCAUACCGGAGGACCUGCACUUCGUGCUGCGGAUGCGACACAUGUUCGAGUCACUGGGCUACCAGUCGGGCUUCUUCCUGUCGCAGCUCUUCUCCUCCUCCCGGGGCGCCUCCUCCGCGCCCUCCUUCCCGCUCAAGCAGCCGCCGCCGGCGCGCCCGCCCCCGCAGCUCUUCAACUGGCCGGGCCAGCCGCAGCUCCCCCACGCCGCCGCGUCGCCCCUCUUCCCGCCGGGGCCGGCCGCGUUCCACCCGUCCGCGCGCUCGUCCAUGCCGCAUUACCCGGGCGGCAAGGACGAGAGCCACAUGUACCACCUCGCGCCGUCGCAGCAUGGCAAGCCGCCGCACAUGGACGAACACCAGCACCAGCACCAGCAGCAGAUGGGGCCCGGGGAGGCGCCCGACGGCGACCUCAAGUGGCCCAACGGGCUGUCAUUCUUCACCGCGCUCACCGGGCGCUCAGAUGACUCGAAGCUUUUGUACGGCGGCCCCGGCGGAGGAGGAGGCGGCGCAGACGACGGGAAGCCAGCGCAGGACGCGCAGACAGGGCACGGCGGCGCGGAGAACGUGGAGGAGUACCUGAGCCUGGAGAGCCACUCGAACAAGGCGAGGAGGAUGGAGAGCACCCAGAGCGCCAAGUUCAAGAGGAGCUUCACGUUGCCGGCGAGGAUGAGCUCGUCCAACUCGCCGUCCCCGUCGGUGUCAGCCUCGACGGGGCCGGCGCCGUCGCAGCAGCAGCAGCAGCAGCAAGGGAUGGAGUACCGAGCGCAGCACGAGGGCAGCGUCUACUCAGACCUCAUGGAGACGUUCUUGGAGUAG